GUCAGCAGCGGUUCGGGGGCAGCGCAAACUGUGGGCCUGUGCAUUUGGAGUAACAACAGCAGGCAGCGGGACUGGACGCCCGGCGCGCCGCGCAAUGCAGCCACAGCCGCCGUGGCAGCCGGCGCAGCAGCGGCCACUUCCUGCGGCCUGGCUCCAGGCCCUGCCAUCAGUGUGUGCUCGGGCUUCUUCGCCGAAUGGAGCAGCAUGUGGGAAUGCAGCGGGGGAUGCAGCGGGUGUCCAGCUUGUGCUCUAUGCAUGUUUGCGGGUCAGCCUGCCGUCAGGGCCAGCGGCUUCGUGGUUUGUGUCCAGCCCUUUUGCCAUGCCAGUCGGGGUUGAUGUCGGGGACGCAGGGGAUUACAGCCGGCCAGAAGGGCCCGAGCAGCUGCAGCAACGACUGUCCAGCCAACUCAGCGCGUGACGUAACGCGUUGGGAAGGACAGCGACUGCCAAACGCGAAAGCAAGCAGCUCAAGCAGCUGAACCGAAGUCUGCGGGGCUGGGAACCGGCGGUGCGCAUAUGGUGAAUGUAUCAGGACAAACUAGGGGAUUGAGACUAGGGUCUUCAGACAACGUCCACCACAGCGUAAUGGAUGGUUACUCGGGGACUAAGCGGGGAUGGAAAAGGCCAUGGCACGCAACACCGUCAACGGCCUAGUGCAUGAGCGGAAACCAGAGAUUUAUGGGGGGUUUGAUCAAUCGGCCCGAACACUUGGGGUUGAAAGGCCGGGCCAGCGCAAACUAGGAGUGCCGCAUUCUGGCACAACGCGUGCAGCUGGUCCUAGGCAGCGGUCACAGCUGCACCGCACGGGCUGUGGAGUGCGCAACACAGGAGGGCGGGCACUCGGCAACAACACGUCAGCAGUAAUGCGUGCGCAGCCCUAUCGAAUAGUCCAGAUUGCGUCAUCGGCAGAUGCCCGUCUCUCAUGGCAGACGCCUCAUGCCUGGCCAUACCUCGAGGGUUGGCGCCAAGCCGCACGUGGAGCGCCAAGCCUUGUAGGUGUUGACCACAGGCAGGUCAAGAGGCAGACCAUACGCACGGCAGGUCUGGAGUAGGGUAGCCCACCGCACCGGUGGUGGCAGGAAAGCAGUUAGGGUGCGCUAGCGCCUAAGAACGGCAGACCCAGGGGCUAGGGUUGAUGGCACGCGUAACAGCGCGGAUUGCGGCCCGCCACGGUGUAUUGCAUUGGAAGACGACAGGCCUGGAGAAAGCUACCUAAAUGGAAAUGGGGUGGUGGGAGGCGUUUGCCAUGUUGCAAGAGGGGAGAGUUUGCAUCCUUGUACCGUGCAAGGGAUGCCUGUGUCACGGUUUGGUCUAGCCUAGUUUGGUGGUAGCCGGGUGGGUGCACUUCGAUGCAGGUCACAGGAGCCUACCUUGUUACCGGUACAGCCAUGGGUCCGACACACGGCCAGGGGCCACCGCAGCCAACCAGUCUUCCAACAGAUAGACUGCCGACAGCACCCUCAGAGGACGGCACACAGGAGCCCUGCAGGAGUGCAGGCGGCAAUGCCGGCACCGUCGUGGUGUGUGACUGUUGACGUCGCAAGGGGGCCGUGAACCCUGGUCCGCGGUCACUGACAAAUCGGCCGAUGGAGCGGCUGGUUUACCUGUCUGACACCGCUCUUGCGUUUUAGCAUUGAAGCUGCUGACCUCCUUGAAGACGCCCAUACCUUGUGUGUGGAUGUCUCGUCCAGCUUCGGUCCCACCUACACACGGCAUUGGGUUCCUCCUGGGUUCCGAGCCCAGACACGCAACGCCGCCGACACCCGCCACCUAUCGGUUCCUUCAGCCCUCAGUCCACAUUUCCGCAAAUGGGGACCUGGGCUUCGGUGCAAUGACCCGGGACUGGCUGACCAUGGGGUACAGGCACCCAUGCGGAGUGGUAAGCCCUGUUUUGAUUCUUAGAGCUCAGAGGUGGUCACAAAGGGGAGAAGGAAGGGGAAAGGCAUGGCACCAGGGGAGCACACGCACACGCACCAAAGACGUAAACAUCGGCGAUCCCGCCGCAGUGGCGCGCGCCAAAGCUGAGCGAUACAGGCCCGGCUAGCAACGCUCCAAGAACCACCAAUGUGUUUUGCGUUGCGUUUCUGUGCAAUAGACGUGGCGAUGUGGCGGUUUGCGCCGGCCAUCUUCACUUCCGCGGGGGUUGUUACGCUAGCGAAUGACUGUGCCGCAGGUGGCCCGCAGGUGGCAGCGCGGGCAGCGGCAGGGCUAAGGCCGCAGGCCAGCACCUUUGGUCACAGAAGACCAAGUCUGCACUGCUGGCAUGGCUGGAGGAGCAGGAUCCGGGCAAGCGCUUGAACUGGUCCGACGCAGUUCAGCACUUGCAGGCGCUAGACUGCGAGUUGCUGCCAGACAAGACUGGCAAGGAGCUGCAGAAGGCGGUGAAUGUAGCUGGCAACAAUCUCAACAGGCAGCUCAGGAAGUAGGCAGCGCAGGCUGUGAUAGCGGCAUCGGGAUCGGAUGACGCAGAGGGUGGCGGCACCGGGAUCGGCAUCGGCGGCUGAUGCUAAGGGCGUGGCUGGCACUGCGGAGUGUGAGAGGGUCUGUAGUAAUGCUCCUCAGCCUUGCAGCUUCGGAGGGUUGCAGGCGGUGAGUGAAGUGGAAGGUACUUCCAAGUGAGCGCCAGUCUCAGCGCCCGGGACCGCGCCCGACAUGGGCUGAGUGAAACCGUAGCGUGAACCGUUCAGGAUCAGGUUCAGGUUCAGGACCGCAUGAGUGCACGUACGCGUUCGACGGCAAGUGUGCUACACAGCUAGGACUCC